GAGAGAGAGAGAGAGUGAGUUGAAUAAGGAAAUAGCAGACACUUCAAACUGGAAUACUUUUGAUGACACAAGUGAAGACCAAGUUCAAGCCCAGGGCAUGACCCUAGAGACACUGAUGUGGAUCAGACCAUUAUAAAAGGAUGGGUUCCAGCUGCAGUGGCCAGAAACGUCAGAAAGAUGACAUCCACCAUCCAGGGAAAGGCUCUCAAACCACCAACUCCUCCAACCACACUGCACACAAUACGGACCAGGCUUCCGGUAAUGACGAAGACGUUGUCAUUGCUCUGCACGACUUCAAACCAACCACGGAUAAUGACCUGCCGUUCAAAAAGGGAGAGAGGCUUCAGAUCCUCGAGGAGAAUGGGGACUGGUGGCUUGCUAAGUCACUGGUGACGGGAGAGGAAGGGUGCAUUCCAUGUACGUACGUGGCCAGAGUAGACACCCUAGAAAUAGAAAAAUGGUUUUUCAAGGACCUGAGUCGUAGAGAGACAGAGCGUAUUCUCCUGGCUCCGGGGAAUAAAGCUGGGUCUUUUCUAGUUCGAGAGAGUGAGACCACCAAAGGUGCUUUCUCCCUGUCCAUCAGAGACGCAGGGCUGGAGCAUGGGGAUGUGGUGAAACACUACAAGAUCCGCUCCCUGGAUAACGGAGGGUUCUACAUCUCUCCGUCCACCUCCUUCUCUUCCCUGCAGGAGCUGGUCAAGUACUACACACGUACGUGUGAUGGGUUGUGUCAGCGUCUGAACGCCCCCUGCAAGCCGAAGGCCCCCAUUCAGCCGUGGGCCCAGGACGAGUGGGAGAUCCCCAGAGACUCGCUGAAAAUGGUCAGGAAGUUGGGAGCAGGACAGUUUGGAGAAGUCUGGAUGAGUUACUAUAAGGGCAAUCAGAAGGUGGCGGUGAAGACCCUGAAGGAAGGGACCAUGGAGCCUGAGGCCUUCCUCCAGGAGGCUAACCUGAUGAAGCAGCUGCAACACGACAGACUGGUACGCCUCCACGCCGUCGUCACCAUGGAACCCAUCUACAUCGUCACAGAGUUCAUGAUCAAUGGAAGUCUGUUGGACUUCCUAAAAACAGACGAGGGCAAGAAGUUGAAGCUCACCAAACUGAUAGACAUGUCAGCCCAGAUAGCUGAAGGCAUGGCCUACAUUGAGAAGAAGAACUAUAUCCACAGAGACCUGCGAGCCGCCAACAUUCUGGUCAAUGAGACGCUCCAUUGCAAGAUAGCAGACUUUGGCCUGGCCAGGAUCAUAGAAACAGAGUACACAGCAAAAGAAGAGAGACACCACUUUGCCUCCGACUCGUUUUCCAAACCAUCAGCGUUGAACGAGUGA